UCUCCACCUCCUCCAGAUGCGUAACUGUGACACUCCUGGAGACGGACUGGCACCAGUAAAACCAGACCACUGGCUCCCGUCAGCUCCAAGCAACCAGCCUCCCAAAUAUGUCUUUGCCUCGUCCGGAUUGUGAUCUAACAUGGUGUGAUUCAGAUUACGCGCAAUGAAUGUCGCAUGGGGUUCGCUGACGCUGGUUCUGAGUCUGGUGAGCCACACAGAGUCCAGGUGCUCACCGACCUCCUAUUAUAAGAACUGCUGGAUCCGACGGUUCCCGGGGAUUUUCAUCGACAUCGAGGAGUCUCAGAGGAGAGGAGCUCAGCUUUUAAAGUUUUACCAGGAGGAGACGGCGCUGAAAUGCAGCCGCACCUGCUGCCUGACCAGAAACUUUUCCUGUAAUCUGGCCAUAUUUCACUACGAUACCACUCAAGAAAACGUGAACUGCUUCCACCUGCACUGUCCAACCCUGGAGAGCUGCAUUCUGAGUCACAGAGGCAACGUUGUUCUCUACAACAUCACAAAGGGUGUGGAUCCUGAUCUGUUGGUGUUCGGAAAAUACUUCACCUCUAAUGUCCGUGUGCUGCCCCACCACUACAGCCGAGUCAACGCCUCAGAGCCGCUGCCUUCAGACAAGCGCCAGUUCAUUCACCCUCCUCCACCCGUUGCCCUGCCCCUGACUUCUGCACCCUCAGUUAAACCUCCCACUACAGCCAGCGAGGUCCACACCACCACUGCAGCGCCGCAAGAAUCCAGUCAGCUUGCUACAGUUCCAACAACCGCCUUGUCUUCUACUGAAAAAACUCCACCAGCUUCAGGAAACUAUGUACAAACAACAGCCCCAGCCACCUCCACCACUCCUCUUGCACCUAGCUUUACUACGCCUCUUUCAUCCACCCCAGUUACCACCCUUGGCCAGUACAACUCUGAAACCCUUCCUGCUUUUUCUACAAUGACUGCACAACCCUCCAAACGUGCCUCUACCCAUCAUCCCACCACCACCAGCUUCUCUCAGUUAGCCCCCAGCCCUCCGCCUUCUACAACUCUUAUGGGCAACAUGGAAAGCAGCAAGCAGCAUCCCAAUGAGACCAAGGGCAGCCUGGGGAGGAACCACACUGCAGGCAGUGAUGGAGGCCAGGAAGGCGAGGAACCCCUACCAGGGUUGGGACCUGGGUGGCAUGUGGCUGCUCACACCUUGCUGGUUGCAGUGGCUAUCUGUAUCUCAGUGCUGCUGAGCUGCUGCUGCUCUGUUCUGCUGGUGGUGAGCUGGAGGGGUCAGAGGAAGAGGAUGGGACGCUACCGGACAUCAUGGAGAGGGAAGAGAGGCUCCAUGCGUCUGAUUAAGUAUGCACUGGUCAAAGAGAACUCCUGAAGGUGAAAACAAGAUCAAAAUGAAGAUGGAACUGACAUUUUUCUUGUCUUUCACAGUAUUUAAUGAAAGAAUCCCAGAUUAAGGGACAACGGACAUGAAUAGAAUUUGUAUGAUUAUAUUUUUGUAAAUUUUCACACACUGCAUCAUUUUAGCAGCAAAUAUGUUGCUUUCUAUUGCUUCUUUGUCAGUAAAUGGGGAUGGAAAAAAGUAGUUAGCAAGCAGAAACACUAGUAAAGCUAAGAGGGGAGCACCAAAAACACAAGCGCUCCAAUUUUUUGUCAAGAAAGUCAACAGAUGUCUUUUUGUCCGGCCUACAUUUUGAUGCACCUCAGUGACUUUAAACUGUUGUUGAUGCCAAACCUCAAAGACAUUAGCCACUUUUCAACUCUGGUCUUAAGUGCGACUUCGUGGGCACUUCCAAGCAAUUAACGGCUACAAUUCAAGAGUGGUUCAGAUCAUCCGUAUGCUGACAGACUGUAGAUUUGCCUCGUGGCUCUCAGUGUUUUGACCUUCCUGCCAUCCAGCUCUCGGUGUACUGGGUUGCUCCUGACCUAAAAGCGCACACACCAAAACUCUUUAAAGAAGACUGAAGUACUUUUCAACAGCCUGCUGCUCAAAGUAUCCUUUCACUGGGGAGCUGCUCCUCGACCUGAUAGUGACGAGAGUGGGAUGGGAGCCGAAGCUGGGCUGGGAAGAGACUGAAUGGGGCUUUUAUUUCAUUAAAGCUUUAACCAUCACGCACACAAACUCCAUACAGCUUCCUGACUUCAAAGACAACGCGCAUUAACAACAGCAUACUUUACACUUUUAUUUGAUGUCAACGCCUGCAUCCUUCACCUCAUAACAGUACAUUAUUUUGGAAUAUAAAUAUUACUAACUACAGUCUUGGCGUUGUGAUAUCCUGACGCAAAACGAAACAAUGAAUAUCUAAAGUAACUCCUGUUUGUGUUACUGGUUCAAUGUUGGAGUCCAAAAUGAUAUCUGAGGCUGCAAGUGUAGGUCCAUGUUGCUCUUGGUCACUGUCUUUGUGUAAAUACAUUUCUAUGUUCAGUGGUAUUAGAGGUUGAACACUUUCUUGACCGCCUCCUUAUACUGCAGCACGCUGCUCUCGUUAUCUCCUUCAUUCUUCAGCCUCGUGACUGAGUCCUUAUACUCCUGCACCUCACUUCUAGCCAGCAGCUGUUCUUGCACUUCUUCGCCUUCUCCCUCUCCGGCCACUUUCAUGCGUAGCAACAUAUCCAUGAUAUUCUUCUGGGACGGGCUGCCCUCCCAGCUAUACUCCUCCAUGUCUGCCACAGUCUUCUCGGCCUCCCAGGCCUCGGUUUUCUGGAGAAUGAGAGAAACAGAACAUUUGCCACCCUUAUGUGCAGGUGGAAAAUUUACCCCACCUAACUGAGAAAGUAGUAGCGACUAUGCUGAAGUAACUCAGGCAGAAUUUUGUCUGCAGGAUAGCAACAAAAAUAUAGGUUCAAAUAAUUUUCAGUUAUGUUGAAUAUGGGAGGCUGUUAUUCACCCGACACCCUUUCUUUGAUGCCCCUCUCACAGAGAUAGUAUUUCUCCAUAUGUAGUUCUCCGUCCGCCGCCUGUCUAGCUGUCAUCACAUUCACUGGAGAACAAUACAUCCCAUUGAGCAGCAGCUUAAAGCAGGGCAGCGACGGAGCCUCAGUUCUGCUGCUGUCCAGGUGUUUGAGGUUAAUGACCAUCAUUACCGCUAUACAUAUCUGAUCCGCAUAACAUCCUGUCUGGAUCCAGUCCAGGUCCUAUAGUGAAGAGCACCAGAUACUUGAGAGUAGAUCAGUAGCUUCCUUUGAAAUGAUGAUCUACUGAAUUGAGAGCAGUAGUAGUUUUAGAUCAUGUUUUGCAGUGUGCCUCACUAAAACAAAAGACACAAUGAGGCUGUCACAUUUUAUCUGAAGGAUUAAAUUUAGUCGGGCAAGUUGAGUGUUUAGUACGACAUACAACAUGAAAUAAUGCCAAGUGUUGACAGUAGUGUCAUGAUGUCUAUUGUUGCAUCCAUAACUAAGCAGUCUGGUCAACAGAACUUGGCAGUAAACAAGUAGCCACCUGUUUGACAGAUGGAGUUCAUCUACUUUCCAAAUAACAUAUUUUUUUUGUGAAAGGACAGGUGCUAGGCACAAAGGCAGAAAGAGAGCCUGUUCGCGGUAAAUGCCUCUCCAUGUUGGAGGCAGCCUUGAGCAGUCAGCACAGACGCUGGCCUGGAUUAGCACCCACUGGAAUUAGCAGGCCAGGUCCGUCUCCCCGAGUAGAGAGAUAAAAUCACCUCAGUGGCUGCUAACAAUUGGCCUCUUUGUGGGCUACCGUUACAACCUGAUCACUACGCCACUCUCACAGCUUCCACAGGCCUGCUGGACAAGCACUGUGCCUUCCAUUGUGUGUCCAAAAGGGCAAUGGACAGUGUUGUGCUUCCUGGCUCGAACACCUUUCCCGACCGAGAGAUUUUUUUUUUCAGUGUGACUAAGCCAUGACGGGAAAAGCUCCUAAAGACAGAGGUUACACAAUAGGGGGAGUUGUUUUCUUUUAUGUGGCUGGCUGCAAAUUUAUGCGAACAGUGCCUGGGCUAAUGACCUGGUGGCAGACUUCUCUGAUGUGGCAUGGUUGGCUUAAUGUGAAUGAGUAUCAGGGUCAACACCUGAUAGGGGAGUCUGUUUUCCCCUCAUCUGUAGGGAAAUGUCAACUGGACAAUGCUGCUGUUUGCCAUCCUUCUGCCCAUUCAACUCUGAUACCUCCCUAAUGGGCUUAGUCGCUCAGAUCGCCGAGCAAGAUGGACACGAAUUCCCCUGGUGAGAGGUACUGUGCCAUGCUGCUAAUUAUAUGUAAAUGUCACCAAUGAGGGCGGAAUACAAAUCUACAAUCUAUUUUGUACUAUAAUAUUCUACUAGUAUAAAAUUUCACUCAAAAUAUGAUUAUAAAAUUCUAAUAUACACCAUUGCGGCAAAAUCAGUGUCUUUGCAAUGACACCUCUUCUUAAGUUAUGACUUUAAUUAUCUGUAAUGAGCAUCAUUCACCACCCAGAUAAACAGAUAUGUACAAAAUAAAAGGAAGAAUAACUUAAUUAGAAAACAAUUAAAAGCUGUAAAUAUUAUAUGAAAUUGGCCAAUUACAUUAAAUAAUUAAGCUCCGAAUGCAUUAUUUUGACUCAUACUCUUCAUAGAACUUUCAUGGUUUAGCUAAUAUCUUUGCUUACAGUAGCUUUACGCUGAUAGGCAAGUGAACUACAAGUCAAGUAAGAAUCCUGCAGUUAACGCUGUGUGAUUGUGAUACUUUUUUUUAAUGUUGCAAAGUGCGGUGAGAUGCAGUGAGUGCAUGAGAUAAGGCAUCACGAUGCAUCUGAGCUAAGCCUUCUCAAAAGGGUAAAGACGCUGAAGGUGACAGUGGGUCAUAGCAGGCACAAGUAAUGCCAGAGAGCAGGUGGCCUUUAGAUGAAUGGAUGCUUGUUGAAAGAAGACAAAAGGUCAGACAACAAAAAGAGAGAGCUAAGUGGAGGAAGAAAAGGCACAAGUAUCCCAGAUAGCAGCAGGUAUCGUUGGUUAGGAGUAAAGACUUUCUUAUCCAGUCACUCAGGUUGAUGUAUAAAAAAACAAAAACUAGUUUAGUGGACACAGAGGAGUGGAAAAAAAUUGUUCAACUUACCCAAGACUCGUGGUAGAGAACAGUUAGCAAGUACUGGGCAUAGUCAUAGUUCUGCUGUCUCAGUGGGCAGCUGGGAAAGAGAAGGAGUAAAUCCAAAAGUGAAGAGACUUACAGGAAUUUGUUUAAUCUUCUUUCCACCACGUGCUUUCAGGAAGCAGUGUUUACCUGUCAGUCGUGAUGGUGAGGACGUCAGUGUCUUUGCAGUAUCUCUCCCCGACAAGUUUGAGCAUUUUCUUGCGUGCAUGGUCGUCCAGGUUCAAAAUGGACAGCUUUACCUAGAAGGGCAAUCGCACGAUUCAAUCAUCGUAAGACAAACUAAUCGAAUAGUUUAUGUGACCCACAUAAAGCUUAAUGAUGCACAGAGAAAUAAACAAAACGGAUCAGGCCAGAUGUGGCGUCAUUACGUGUCAUAUCUCCAGCCAAUAUAUCUCUCUAUAGGUUUGGGAAUAAAAACACAAUCUAAACAAGAACGUUGUUUGUUUUUUAACACUGGCAGAGGCUUUGACUGGGUUGAUUUAAACACUAGACUUUCUACAGAUAAAAUCACAGCGUUCAUACUGUGGUCCAGAAUCACCUCUAAGCUCUUUGCAGAGAUGACUGAUGGAAAACAGAGAUUAUUCCUUGAUGUCAUAGCUUUAUGGCUCUCACUUGCAUUAUUUUUGACAACACGUUGAAAAUGUAUUGGAAGGUAACACGAGAUACACGUGUCAUUUAUCCUGUGUGCUACACUGAUGUCUAAGGUCAGCAUGUAUCGGAUGUACAAAUGUGCACAGAGACGGCAAAGUGGUUGAGUCUGCUGUCUCUGGAAGCACGUGUCCAGUCUGAAUCAAAAUCUGCAUCAGAUUUAGUUUCAAGGAUAUUCCCGUCUCUCUCUAAACAAAAAAAAUAACUAAAGGCAAACCUCCUGCGUAUGUUCAUCAUUUGAAGAUUGAUUCAUUUUUUCAAACUAAAAAUAAAGGGCUUAGUCCACUUGUUCUGGA